GUGUGUGUGUGUGUGUGUGUGUGUGUGUGUGUGUGUGUGUGUGUGUGUGUGUGUGUGUCGCCCUGUGCUGCUACCUCGUUAGCUUGCUAGCUCGUCACUGUAACUCCUUAACCUAAACCACAGAGAGUUGCUCUUCCUCAAGCUGGGUGUGGCCGCUGGCGUCCCUGUUGUGAUUGGCCCGCUGCCCAGGCGUGUGUUAUCUCCUGUAAAACAUGUUCUUGUCUCCGCCCUGAUAGUGCCUGGCAUACAGGGCUGGCCCCGCCCACAAAACGAGAGAGCAGAGAAGAGUGUGUUCUUGUGAAUCGUCAGGUACUUUCUGUUUGACUUGGAAUAAUACCGCAACCCCACAGCGUCUGUAAGCUGAGGAGCUGUAGCCUGCCUAGCGAGGAGUGGUCUCUAGCGGAUACUAAGGGGUAAACUGAAGGACCUAUAGUCCCAGGCCCAGGAAGUUAGUGUGAAGCGGGGCUCUGUGAAGCUUGAGAUGGGGCAGCCGGACGGACUUAGAGGGGACGUUACAGGGUGACGGUCCACAGAGCAUCCUGACGCAUGGAUUUCUUGAAGAGCCUGGUUCCGGCCUCCAUGUCCGGGGAGGGGGCCCUGGAUCACGGGGGAGGGUUGCCGUGGGAGACAGGCCCACGGCUACUGCGAAUGAAGCGCUUGGGCCUGCUGGCCAUGGGGCACACUAUAGAGGAAGACCAGGUCGGCAGCGAGCCUGGUGGCAGCAGGCCACCUCGUACCAGUCGGAGCCGGCUCAAAGGACACAGACGUCUUUUUAGAAAAGUCUCCUUUGCAGAACUUCCUGGAGGUAAAAGCGUUCCUGAUGCCUCGCCCCCAGUCAACAGCAGUGUGAGUAAACGUCGUGCUCCCUCCUCGGUGACUCCCCUGGCGUGGGAGAAGCGCAACACCGACGCCAUGUCCAGCAUCACCAUUGACCCCGAGCUCAAGCCGGGGGAGUUCGUCAUCAAGAGCCUGUUCGCCGAGUUCGCCGUGCUGGCGGAGAAGAAGAUUGAGGUGGUGAUGGCCGAGCCGCUGGAGAAGCCCCUCUCCCGGUCCCUGCAGCGAGGAGAAGAUGCACAGUUUGAUCAGUUAAUAAGCUCUAUGAGCUCCAUAGCGGAACACUGUCUGCCCUCCCUGCUGCGCACGCUCUUCGACUGGUACAGACGGCAGAGCGGCACAGAGGACGAGUCCUACGAGUACAGGCCUCGAUCCAGCACCAAGUCCAAAGGUGAUGAACACCGGGAUAAAGACUACCUAUUGGAGCGAAGAGACUUGGCCAUAGAUUUUAUGUUCUGUUUGGUUUCAGUGGAAGUUUUGAAACAGAUUCCUCUUCACCCGGUGCCAGAUGCUUUAGUACAUGAAGUUCUGAACCUGGCAUUUAAGCACUUUAAACACAGAGAGGGGUACUCGGGGCCUAACACUGGGAAUGUGCACAUCAUCGCUGACCUUUACGCUGAGGUCAUUGGAAUUCUCACACAGUCAAAGUUCCAGGCGGUGAGGAAGAAGUUCAUCACAGAGCUGAAGGAGUUGAGGCAGAAGGAGCAGAGUCCCUACGUGCUUCAGAGCAUCAUCAGCCUCAUCAUGGGCAUGAAGUUCUUCCGGGUCAAAAUGUACCCCGUGGAGGACUUUGAAGCCUCCUUUCAGUUCAUGCAGGAGUGUGCCCAGUACUUCCUGGAGGUGAAGGAUAGGGACAUCAAACAUGCCCUGGCCGGCCUCUUCGUGGAGAUACUCAUCCCUGUGGCUGCAGCUGUGAAGAAUGAAGUGAACGUGCCCUGCCUGAAGAACUUUGUGGAGAUGCUGUACCAGACAACCUUCGACCUAAGCUCCAGGAAGAAGCACUCUUUGGCCCUGUAUCCCCUUGUGACGUGCCUGCUGUGUGUGAGUCAGAAGCAGUUCUUCCUCAACAACUGGCACAUCUUCCUCCAGAACUGCCUGUCGCACCUCAAGAUGCCAUCUAACAACAGCAUCAGAAAGCAGAUUGAGACGUUGCAGAACAAAGACCCCAAGAUGUCGCGCGUGGCGUUGGAGUCGCUUUACAGGCUGCUCUGGGUCUACAUCAUCAGGAUCAAAUGUGAGAGCAACACUGUAACUCAGAGUCGUCUCCUGGGCAUUGUGUCAGCUCUGUUCCCAAAGGGCUCUCGCAGUGUGGUGCCCAGAGACACCCCGCUCAACAUCUUCGUCAGGAUCAUCCAGUUUAUAGCUCAGGAAAGGCUGGACUUUGCUAUGAAGGAGAUCAUCUAUGACCUGCUGUGUGUGGGCAAGUCCCACAAAACCUUCACCAUCAACCCGGAGAGGAUGAACAUCGGCCUGAGGGCCUUCUUGGUGGUGGCCAACAGCCUGCAGCAGAAGGACGGGGAGCCCCCCAUGCCCACCACAGGGGUCAUCAUGCCCUCGGGGAACACCCUGCGGGUCAAGAAGAUCUUCCUCAACACCACACUCACCGACGAAGAGGCCAAGGGCAUCGGCAUGUCUCUGUACUACCCUCAGGUGAGGAAGGCCUUGGACAACAUCCUGCGUUCCCUGGACAAGGAUGUGGGUCGCUCCAUGAGCAUGACCAACGUCCAGAUGUCCAACAAGGAGCCCGAGGAUAUGAUCACGGGGGAAAGGAAGCCAAAGAUUGAUCUGUUCCGUACGUGCGUGGCGGCCAUACCGAGGCUCAUCCCCGACGGCAUGAGCAGACAGGACCUCAUUGAGCUUCUGGCAAAGCUGACUAUCCACAUGGACGAGGAGCUGCGAGGCCUGGCCUUCACCACACUGCAGACCCUUAUGGUGGACUUCCCCGAGUGGCGGGAGGACGUGGUGUCGGGGUUCGUCUACUUCAUGGUCCGUGAGGUGACGGACGUCCACCCCACACUACUGGACAACGCAGUUAAGAUGCUCCUGCAGCUCAUCAGCCAAUGGAGGCAGGCGGUGCAGAGCAGCAACAAGACCCAGGAGGCACACCAGGUCCCAGGCAGUGGUCCGACUCUUUCCCUGGACCGGGCUCCUCUGCUUGGGGUUCUGCACGUGGUAGAGGGCCUGGCACUGGUGGUUCUCUGCAGCUGUCGGCCCGGAACUCGCAGGCUUGCCGUCAACGUUCUCAAGGAGGUCCGCGCACUGCACACGGCACUGGGCAUCGCCAAGGGCGAUGAGGAGUUGGCUAUCGACGUGAUGGACAGACUCAGUGCCUCUGUGCUGGAGAGCUUCAUCCACCUCACCGGGGCUGACCAGACCAAUCUGCUCUACUGCCCGAGUGGCAUCGAUCUCCAGUCGCUGGCCGAUUGGAGCUCAUCUCCCAUCAGCCACCAGUUUGACGUGGUCAGCCCCUCCCACAUCUGGGUGUUUGCCCACGUCACCCAGGGCCAGGACCCAUGGGUGAUAAGCCUGUCCAGCUACCUGCGGCAGGAGAACCUUCCCAAGCACUGCCCCUCGGCCCUCAACUACGCCUGGAUGUUCGCCUACACCCGCCUGCAGCUGCUGUCUCCACAAGUUGACAUUAACAGCCCCAUAAAUGCCAAGAAGCUGAACAGCAUGAGCAGCAGCAGUGACUCGUACACGGGGCUCUGGAGGAACUACCUGAUCCUCUGCUGCAGCUCCGCCUCUUCCUCCUCCUCUUCAUCUUCCUCCUCGUCCAGCUCUGGUUCCGUGCGCUGCUCGCCACCUGAGACACUGGCGUGCACGCCAGACAGCGGCUACAGCUACGACUCCAAGAUCGUGGGCUCUCCGUCCCUCUCCUCGCUGUUCAAACACGUGGUUCCCAUGAUGCGCUCUGAGAGCAUGGACAUCACGGAGUCUCUGGUGCUGGGGCUUGGCAGGACCAAUCCUCUGGCCUUCAGGGACUUGAUAGAGGAGUUGAACCCCAUCAUAAAAGAGGCUCUGGAACGAAGACCUGAGAACGUGAAGCGGCGCCGGCGUCGUGACAUCCUGCGGGUCCAGCUGGUCCGGAUCUUUGAGCUGCUGGCCGAUGCUGGAGUCAUCAGCCAGAUAGCGAGUGGGGGUCUGGACAGGGAAAGCCACUCCCUGAACGGGACCCUGCUGGAGUACGUAGACCUUACCCGUCAGCUGCUUGAGUCGGAGAACGACAAGGACUCGGACACCCUGAGAGACAUCCGCUGCCACUUCAGCGCCCUUGUGGCCAACAUCAUCCAAAACGUACCAGUGCACCAGCGCCGCUCCAUCUUCCCCCAGCAGUCCCUGAGACACAGCCUGUUCAUGCUGUUCAGCCACUGGGCGGGGCCCUUCAGCAUCAUGUUCACGCCCCUGGACCGCUACAGCGACCGCAACAUGCAGAUCAACAGACAUCAGUACUGUGCUCUGAAGGCCAUGUCUGCGGUGCUGUGCUGCGGCCCAGUGGCUGACAACGUGGGGCUCUCCUCGGACGGCUACCUGUACAAGUGGCUGGACAACAUCCUGGACUCACAGGACAGGAAGGUGCACCAGCUAGGCUGCGAGGCGGUGAUGCUGCUGCUGGAGCUGAACCCGGACCAGAGUAACCUCAUGUUCUGGGCCGUGGACCGCUGCUACACCGGCUCACGCCGCGUCGCUGCUGGCUGCUUCAGGGCCAUCGCCAAUGUCUUCCAUAACAGGGAUUACCAGUUUGACACUGUGGUGCUACUGAACCUGAUACUGUUCAAGGCUGCUGACUCGGCCAGGGAUAUCUACGAGCUGGCAAUGCAACUGCUGCAGAUCCUGGAGCCCAAGCUGUUCCGCUACGCUCACAAGUUGGAGAUCCAGCGGACGGACGGCAUCCUGACCCCUCCGUCCCCGCUGCCCCAUCUCUACUCCCUGUCCUACUACCAGCUGUCUGAGGAGCUGGCCGGCACCUACCCCGAGCUCACCCUGCCCAUCUUUUCAGAGGUGAGCCAGCGCAUCCAGACGGCGCACCCUGCAGGCCGGCAGGUCAUGUUGCACUACCUGCUCCCCUGGAUGAACAACGUGGAGCUGGUGGACUUCAAGCCUUCCACCCAGCGGCCCGAGGAGCCGGGCGUGGCUGAGGAGGAGGAGGAGGCGCAGGAGCGUGAGAUGAUGGUGAACAGCCGACGCUGGCUGCGAGGCGAAGGCUGGGGCUCGCCGCACGCCACCACCAUGGUGCUGAACAACCUCAUGUUCAUGACCGCCAAGUAUGGAGAUGAGUUUGCCUGGUCUGAGAUCGAGAACGUUUGGACAACGUUGGCGGACAGCUGGCCCAAGAACCUGAAGAUCAUCCUCCACUUCCUCAUCAGCAUGGCGGGGGUCAACAGCGAACCCAGUCUGCUACCCUACGUGAAGCGGGUGGUAGUAUACCUGGGCAGGGAUAAGACCAUCCAGCUGCUGGAGGAGCUGAUGUGUGAGCUGGAGCUGAUGGACCCGGUCUGCUCUAGCGUAACCCACAUGGACAACCCUCCGUACUACCGCAUCAGCGCCAGCUACAAGAUCCCCUCCGUCAACACAGGAACUAUGUCCAGCAGCAACACCAUGGUGCCUGGGACUGAAAGCCAUCACGAGAGCAAGAUAAAGGACCCCAAUAUGGAGGACAGCUACCCUCACCUGGACGUGUACAGCGGGAUGAACAUCAACCUGUCUCGUCAGCACCACCGCCUCGAAUCCCGUUACAGCAGCAGCUCCGGGGGCUCCUACGAGGAGGAGAAGAGUGACUCCAUGCCGCUGUACGCCAACUGGCGCCUGAAGGUGAUGGACCACAACCGCCCAGAGCCCCUCCCCUUCCCUCCGACGGGCGGCUGCUGGUCGCCGCUGGUGGACCACCUGCCUGAAACAAACACCGCCGCCGUCCCCCUACACAGGUGUAACAUUGCAGUCAUCCUUCUGACCGACCUCAUCGUGGACCACGGAGUCAAGGUGGAAUGGAGUGUCUACCUGCACCUCCUGCUGCACGCCAUAUUCAUAGGCUGUGAUCAUCAACACCCUGAGGUGUACGAGCACUGCAAGCGCCUGCUGCUCCACCUGCUGGUGGUCCAGGGAACCAACAGCAGCGUCCAGUCACUGGCAGCCGUGUUGCUACGCAACCGGGAGGCCAACGAGCCCCGGGUCCUGACGGUGAAGCCCAUCGCACCCGAGUUCAACCUCACAGGAAUCCAGGAGCUGAUGCCAGAGCACCAGCCCUCUCCCAUGACGGACUCGGGCCUGAGCUCUUCCUCUACCUCCUCCAGCAUCAGCCUGGGCACAGGGGUGGGGGCGGGAGCCUUCUCCCCGCUGCCCCCCACCAUGCUCCAGCAGGUGGACCUCUCCACCCUGCAGGACCAGAAGGUUAAAGCCCUGAUUGAGUUCAUCAGCUCCAGGAAGCGUGGUCCUCUCUGGAACCACGAGGACGUCGCUCCCAAGAACCCCCAGAUCAAGAGCGCUGAGCAGCUCAGUGUGUUCCUCCGACACGUGGUGGCAGUGUUCAAGCAGUCCAACGCAGGGUUCCAGCUGGAGUCUCUGCUGAGCGAGGUGGCCCUGCAGACGGCUCUGUCCUGCACCUCCCGCCACUACGCCGGCAGGUCCUUCCAGAUCUUCAGGGCCCUCAAGCAGCCGCUGACCCCGGCCACGCUGUCCGACGUCCUGUCACGCCUGGUGGAGACCGUGGGUGACCCGGGGGAGGAGGCCCAGGGCUUUGUUAUCGAGCUGCUGCUAACGCUGGAAUCGGGCAUCGACACGCUUGCAGACACGGUGAAGAACUAUGACCUCCUCACAGCCUUGGCACAGACCGCGGGCCAUGACCCACUGUUGGGCGCCAAGUUUGCGGCCAACCGGAAGAGCACGGGACAGCUGAACCUCAACAGCGGCGGCCUGUUCCACCACCACGUGCAUGCGCACGCACGCAGCAACUCCCUCCGCGCCAGCCAGAUGUGCGAACGAAAGGGCGACCGCCGGCGCAGCAACACCCUGGACGUCGCCGACCGCCUCGGCGGUAGCCACGGCAACCUGGCCCGCACGCGGAGCCUCUCGUCACUACGGGAGGGCGGCGGGGGCGGAGGGGGGGGCCCGGGAGGACGCAACGGGGCAGAGGCCCCGCCCCCCGUGGACCCCUCCAACCUGAUGGCCACGGUGUUCUGGAUCGCCACGUCGCUGCUGGAGUCGGACUAUGAGUUUGAGUACCUGCUGGCCCUGCGGCUGCUCAACAAGCUGCUGGGCCAGCUGCCCCUGGACCGGGCCGACAGCCGCGAGCGCCUGGAGCAGGUCCUGGCCAAGCUCAAGUGGUACAGCUACCCCGGCCUGCUGCAGCUCUUCCUCAAGGGCUUCACCUCGGCCUCCACCCAGGAGCUCAGCAUCCACCUGCUCAGCAAGCUCAUCAGCGUGUCCCGACACAAGCUGGUCGACCCCACGCAGCUGGCAGGCUUCCCCCUCAACAUCCUGUGCCUGCUGCCUCACCUCAUCCAGCACUUUGACAGCCCCACGCCCUUCUGCAAGGAGACAGCAGAGCGCAUCGCCAAGGUGUGUGCCGAGGAGAAGUCCCCCACGCUGGCUAACCUGGCCCACAUGAUGAGCCUGUAUAGCACGCGCAGCUACUCACGAGACUCCACCAACUGGAUCAACGUGGUGUGUCGCUACGUGCACGACUCCUUCGCCGACAUCACCUUCAACCUGGUCACCUACCUGGCCGAGCUGCUGGAGAAAGGACUUCCCAGCAUGCAACAGUCGUUGCUCCAGAUCAUUUACAGCCUGCUGAGUCACAUCGACCUAUCAGCAGCACCCGUCAAACAGUUCAACCUGGACAUCAUGAAGAUCAUCGGGAAAUAUGUCCAGAGUCCAUACUGGAAGGAGGCCCAGAACAUCCUGAAGCUGGUGGUUUCUCGCUCCGCCAGCCUGGUGGUCCCAGACGAGAUGCAGCGUUCCUACAGCGGCGAGUCGUCGGGCUCCCCCGAGGUGGCCUUCACGCGCAUCUUCAACCACACCUCCAAGGAGCUGCCGGGGAAGACGCUGGACUUCCACUUCGACAUCUCCGAGACGCCCAUCAUAGGACAUAAGUAUGGGGACCAACGCACGCCUGCGGGCCGCAUUGGGAAGCAGCAGGUGAUCGCGGUGACAAGAAGCACCUCGUCUACCUCGUCAGGGUCUAACUCCAACGGCCUGGUUCCCGUCAGCUGGAAGAGGCCCCAGCUCUCUCAGAGGAGGACUCGGGAGAAGCUGAUGAAUGUGUUGUCGCUGUGCGGUCCCGAGUCAGGAAUCCCCAAAAAUCCCUCUGUGGUGUUCUCCUCCAGCGAGGACCUGGACUGUGGGGAGCAGCAGAGCAGCCUGAUCCCCACGGUGGAGGAGGUGGUGCAGGAGGAGGAGGGCCAGGGAGAGGACGCCGGCAGCGAACAGCAGUUUGGCGUCUUCAAGGACUUUGACUUCCUUGACGUUGAGCUAGAGGACACAGAGGGGGAGAGCAUGGACAACUUUAACUGGGGCGUGCGGCGCCGCUCGCUGGACAGCAUGGACAAGGGCGACACGCCGUCGCUGCAGGAGUGCCAGUACACGGGCAGCACGCCCAGCCUCAACCUCACCAACCAGGAGGACACAGACGAGUCGUCAGAGGAGGAGGUACUGAGUGCUAGCCAGAUUCUCACUCGCGCCAACCUCCUGAACAGCGACUCGGCCACGGACGACGCCACCUCCAACCACGUGGACUCCCUCCUGCAGUCCCAGGAGUCAUGCAGCAGCGUGCUCCCAGAGGACGUAGGCUGCCCCUUGCCCUCCCUCCCCUCCCACCCGUCCCUUCCUCGGCUGGACAGCCCCGCCCUGGACCGUCCCGUGCUGGAGAGGGCCCAUUCAGACAGCGCCAGCAGCCAGCUGCCUGAGGACGCCGUCAGCAUGACCGCCGCGGACGAGCUCAGUAGCAGCGUGAGCGAAGACACGGGGUUUUGCAGUGCCCCCCCGCUGCCCUCUGACCCCCUGGAUCUCUGUGACCUCCCGGACUCGCAGGACCCCCAGGACGAGCUGGACCCGGCCCCCCCUCCCACGCCGGCCCAUGACACUCCGCCGGGGGGGUACCUGUGUGAGGACGAGCCCCACCGGGCGCUGCCGCUGCCCAUGGCCCUGACGCCGCUCCCGUCGCUGCCCGACAGCCCCUGCGGCUCAGUGUGUGAGGAGGACGUGACCCUGGCCCUGAAGGAGCUGGACGAGCGCUGUGAGGAGGAGGAGGCCGACUUCUCAGACAUGUCCAGUCAAGAUGACUGUGAGACGGAGGGCUUCCCAGAGAUCCAGCCCUCUCCGCCCCCCUCGCCUUUCCUCUCGGCCAUCUUGGCCGCCUUCCAACCCGUCGCCUAUGACAAUGAGGAGGACGCCUGGCGUUGCCACGUCAACCAGAUGUUGUCCGACACCGACGGCUCCUCUGCCGUUUACACAUUCCACGUGUUCUCUCGACUCUUCCAGAACAUCCAGAGGAAGUUUGGCUCCAUCACCCACUCGGCCGUCAGGUUCCUAGGGGAGCGGCUCCAGCGAAUGGGCAACCAGUUCCUCAGCUCCCUUGAAGUCAUGACCUCUCACUCCAACUGUCCCACCGUGCUGCUGGAUGCCGAGACGCUGUUGUCCUGUGGCCUUCUGGAGACGUUGAAGUUCAGUGUGCUUGAGCUGCAGGAGCAUCUGGACACCUAUAACGGCAAGAGAGAGGCUGCUGAGCAGUGGCUGGAGAACUGCAGGAAGACGUUUGGAGAUAAAGAUGGCUGCCAGCGGGGGAACACCCAGGCCCAGCACAUGGAGAAUCUAGCAGAGUUGGAGUUGUGUCGCCGGCUCUACAAGCUCCAUUUCCAGCUGCUGCUGCUGUUCCAGGCGUACUGCAAGCUCAUCAGCAGGGUAGAAACCAUCAAGAGGGAGGCAGAGGUGACCAACAUGUCAGAUGAGCUGGCUCUUCUGGAGGGCUGUCUGAAGGAGGCGGAGACAGGAAGUGAGGGACAGGAGGUGAUCUGUCUCUCGGACGACACGCAGACCAACACCGAGACGGCCAUCCAGUCGCUGGUCGAGACCCUGAGAGCUAGAGACUUCACCUCUGCCCUAAACCAGGUCAAAGUCUUCAGGUCCCUCUGGCCCAGCGACAUCUUCGGCAGCGACUCAGACGACGCGGUGCAGACCCUGCUGCACAUCUACUUCCGCCACCAUACGCUGGGGCAGACGGGCUGCCUGGCGGUGCUGGGAGGCAGUGGAGACCUCUCUCAGGCCAGCCGACGCCUCAUGGAGCUCAACCUGCAGAUCCGUCAGGCACUCAGCCAGGAGCAGGGACCUGCCCGCCUCACCCGGCCCUCCAUGGUCAGCGUGGGGCUGUGAAACGUAUCAAACGCACCCUCCCUCAACAUAGACACACACUCUGAUGCUCCCUGGAAGUGGGGGUGGCCCUGGGGAGAGAUGGGUGGCUAAGGCCAGCUUCUGAUUGGACAAGAUACUAAGACUUUUACCAAUAAGGGCUAACGCACGCUUGGGGGGGGGGGAGGGGGGCAGGUGGGGAAGGGGUACCUGUGACUCAUCGGUCUAGGCGAUGACAUCACCGAGUCCCCUCCCCCUCCCCUCCCUCCCUCCCCCCCUCCCUGGACUGAUGCGCACUCUGCAAAUUCAGCUGCAAUAAAGGAUGCGCCGGAGCUGACGUAGCCGGAGAAACGGGCGGCGGAGACGAUGCGUACACGACAGAUUUUAUUUUUUCUUAUCUCGUUGCUUUUGGUUGAGUGGUACAGAGCAGUGUGAGCGAGCUUUGCACUGGGGGUCCACCAGCUGUGUGUGUGUGUGUGUGUGUGUGUGUGUGUGUGUGUGUGUGUGUGUGUGUGUGUGUGUGUGUGUGUGUGUGUGUGUGUGUGUGUGUGUGGCGAAAGGAAGGAGAGGGAUGCUGUCCUGUCCACUUCUUUAAGCAAAAGCAUAAAACAUUUAAAAAGAAAAAAAGAAAGGGUUUUCAAAAGCAUGCUUGAAAGAGAAAGCACUGCAAGAGUAUUUUUUUGGGAGAAAUGUAUUUUUUAGUAGUGCUACUAUCCUAGGUUGUAAAUGUUUGGGUAUUUAACAUGUAACCCCGAGGGGGGGGCGCUGUGUUCCCCCUGCAGCUGUAAAAAGAGAAAUAUAUCCGUUUAUUGACCCGCGACUCUUUAACCAAAUAAGUAGCUGCCUUCUAGAGACUUGUAACAGUGUGCUGUGUAUUGGAUACUCUGGUAUACACACAUCUAUACAUACAUACAUACAAACACACACACAGAAAACUGCAUUUAAUUGCACACGAGUGCAGACCGGCUCCGGCUCACACGGCGGAGGAAUGUGCGUAACUUAUUGUACUCUGUAUAUAUUUUAGAAGGUGUAUAGUGUAAAAGCAGUAUUUUUUUGUGUAAUGCACUGUUAACCUGAGUGUGACCGGAUUGAAGGGAGGGUACUCUACUGUUGAAGUCCAGUCACACACUUAACAAAACCUUUUCCCAAACCCUGGCUUGCUUGAUGCUUGUAAACUGGGCUGGGAGUCUUAUUUUUUUUUUUUUGGGGAGGGGGGGGUGGGGGAGGCGGGGUUUAACCAAAUCUCGACCAAUGAAAAUGGCGACGGUGGCUUGUAGCCUCUCUCCUAUUGGACGGCCGCAGCCUAUCCUCGCUGAGUCCUAUGCAUUCCUUUUUCCACUGUGAUCCUGCCCCCCCUCUCCCUCCCAGGGUUGUGUCAACUCCCCCCCCCCUCCCGCUCUGUCCCGGUAGUGGCAGGGGACGGUUUGCGCUCAGAGGAAGGUCCUCUCGGCACAUUGUAACAAUCACUGUAGUCUCCACAGAGCUUCUGGGCUUGCCUGCUAGAUUUAAAAAUGCUGUUAUUAAAAAUGGAUAUAUUAUUUACCUGGAAGAGAUGCAUUAUAUAUAUAUAUAUACACACACGAUUCUCAGCCUUCACUCGGGACAAAUAAAAUUGAUAAAGUAAACAUG